GUCUACCAAUGCCAAAGGCGAGGAGGCGGGAUAAAAGAGCGAGACCGAAGGUAGGCUGGCAGAUACGUCGGCGGGAUUACUCCUUUCUGCCUGUGGACGUCGCCGAGUGAGCAUCGUGAGCUUGUCUCCUUCAGUUGCCACCAUGUCGAAAUCUGAGUCUCCCAAGGAGCCAGAACAGCUGCGGAAGCUCUUCAUCGGAGGCUUGAGCUUUGAAACAACAGAUGAGAGUCUGAGAAGCCAUUUUGAGCAAUGGGGAACUCUCACAGACUGCGUGGUUAUGAGAGACCCAAACACCAAGCGCUCCAGAGGUUUCGGUUUUGUCACCUACGCCACCGUGGAGGAGGUGGAUGCUGCCAUGAAUGCAAGGCCACACAAGGUGGAUGGGAGAGUUGUGGAACCAAAGAGAGCUGUCUCUAGAGAAGAUUCUCAACGACCUGGUGCCCAUUUAACUGUGAAAAAGAUUUUUGUUGGUGGCAUUAAAGAAGACACUGAAGAACACCACCUAAGAGAUUAUUUUGAACAGUAUGGGAAAAUUGAAGUUAUUGAAAUCAUGACUGAUCGGGGCAGUGGCAAAAAGAGAGGCUUUGCUUUUGUAACCUUUGAUGACCAUGAUUCUGUCGACAAGAUUGUCAUUCAGAAAUACCAUACCGUGAAUGGCCACAACUGUGAAGUGAGGAAAGCCUUAUCAAAGCAAGAGAUGGCUAGUGCCUCAUCCAGCCAAAGAGGACGAAGUGGUUCUGGAAACUUUGGUGGUGGCCGUGGAGGUGGCUUUGGUGGCAAUGACAACUUCGGCCGAGGAGGAAACUUCAGUGGUCGAGGUGGCUUCGGUGGCAGCCGAGGUGGUGGCGGAUAUGGUGGCAGUGGGGAUGGCUACAAUGGAUUUGGCAAUGAUGGUGGUUAUGGUGGAGGCGGCCCUGGUUACUCUGGAGGAAGCAGAGGCUAUGGAAGUGGUGGACAGGGUUAUGGAAACCAGGGCAGUGGCUAUGGCGGGAGUGGCAGCUAUGACAGCUAUAACAACGGAGGCGGAGGCGGCUUUGGCGGUGGUAGUGGAAGCAAUUUUGGAGGUGGUGGAAGCUACAAUGAUUUUGGCAAUUACAAUAACCAGUCCUCCAAUUUUGGACCUAUGAAAGGAGGAAACUUUGGAGGCCGAAGCUCUGGCCCCUAUGGUGGUGGUGGCCAGUACUUCGCCAAACCACGAAACCAAGGUGGAUAUGGUGGCUCCAGCAGCAGCAGUAGCUAUGGCAGCGGCAGAAGGUUUUAAUUGCCAGGAAACAAAGCUUAGCAGGAGAGGAGAGCCAGAGAAGUGACAGGGAAGCUACAGGUUACAACAGAUUUGUGAACUCAGCCAAGCACAGUGGUGGCAGGGCCUAGCUGCUACAAAGAAGACUUGUGUUAGACAAUACUCUUGUGUAUGGGCAAAAAAAAAAACAAACAUUGGAGGACUGUAUUUGUGACUAAUUGUAUAACAGGUUAUUUUAGUUUCUGUUUUGUGGAAAGUGUAAAGCAUUCCAACAAAGGGUUUUAAUGUAGACUUUUUUUUUGCACCCAUGCUGUUGAUUGCUAAAUGUAAUAGUCUGAUCAUGACGCUGAAUAAAUGUGUCUUUUUUUUUAAUGUGCUGUGUAAAGUUAGUCUACUCUUGAAACCAUCUUGGUAAACUUAAACCCAGUAGUUGUGAAGUUAGAAUUCCUUCAGGGUGGUGCCAGGUUCCAUUUGAAAAUUAACUGACUUGGGCAGAGAAGCCAUUAUUAUCUUGAGAAACUUUGGUACAGUGAAACUGUUGUGUGACCUGAAGUUACACUAUUUAUUUAACAAGGGUCACCCAAGCAAAGUCACUGUAGUUGAUUUGGUUAUUUUAAUGGUUGUUGGCACAUCCUAUGCAAUAUAUCUAAAUUGAAUUAUGGUACCAGAUAAAAUUAUAGAUGGGAAUGAAGCUUGUGUAUCAUCCAUUAUCAUGUGUAAUCAAUAAAACGAUUUACUAUCCUCUUGAA